AGCAGCCAAUGAGCACAGAGCAAGGCGGGUUGAAUUGCAUGUGCUCUUGUUUGUGUACGUGCAGAAGCCGACUCCCAGCAGAGGAGGCAGGAUCACAGCCAGAGCACAGCUUCUUUCACUUGCGCUGCCAGUCUAGCAUUAGAUGCCCUGGGAAAACCUGUGCUGAAAGUCAGACAGUCCCACCACAUUUUUACUGAAAGAGUUGGGAAAAGGAUGCUACUGUUUGACUACAAUGCAGAGCCUGCCGGCGUGAGCCACCUUCUGGAGUCAGGGACAGAAGUCAACGUUGCUCCCGAUGCCUUUGUCCAGUCUCCCGCUCAUCUGGCUGCUCAUGGAGGGCAUGCUUUCUUUCUUCUUUGGCAACAGCAGACAGGAGCCAAUUUGAACCAACAGGACUGGCUUGGAGAAGCUCCAAUUCACAAGGCAGCUAAAGUUGGAAGUUUGGAGUGUCUUGCUUUACUCGUUGCCAGUCGGGUCAGCAUUGACUUGCGCAAUAACAAUGGAAAAACAGCAGAAGAUCUAGCCUGGGAUUUUGGGUUUUUGGAAUGUGCCCAGUUUCUUGUAGCAGUGAAAAAUGGUCAGAAGAGAGAAAAUGUAACACAGUUCACUUGCGUCCAACGUGACAAGGAUGAAGACUUACUAACAGAUGCUGCAAGACAGAAAAGAACAUGUGAAAACAAAAGAUCCACUAGCCAAAAGAGAAUGAAACCAAAUGAUACACAGCCCUUGAUAUCAUGUGAACACCAAUCAACGCGAGAAUAAACUUGAACAGAGAAAGAUGAGUCUACUGCUCAACACCAAAUAUUUUGAACAAUGCCUUCUGGGAAGGAGAUGGGUUGCUUCUUGAAGAAGAUACUUUUUAUUUUUAUUAUGGCUGUACAGAUAUUUUCACAAUAAUAAAUAUGUGGAAACCGUA